AGCUGCUCCUCCAGCUGCUUCUCCUUCUGCUCCUCCUGCAGCUGCUCCUCCCACGGCAGAUUUAAGAGCUAGUACUGAUAAUAUAAGUAGCGAUAAGUUAAAUAAAAGCAUCCAUAAAGCGGAGGAUGCAACAAGCUCAGCCGUGGAGACGCCAUCACCUCAACAGCAGCAGCAGCAACAUGUUGCAGAUGCAAAUGCAACAGCAGCAGCAACAGCUGGCGAUAUAUUGCAGCACCACCUAAUGACCAUGCAACAUGUGGCUGCCACCGCCACAGUGAGUGGCAGCGUCUACCCACCGUCAACAACAGCACAGGCGCAAAUGCAACUUAGUUCCUUUCAAGCAUCCCUCGCAGCGCUCGCCAACGAACAGAAUGCGAGGGGUGUCAAACUACUAACUGAGUUCCUCCAGCAGCAGCUGCACCAACAACAACAGCAGCAACAACAACAGCAUCAGAAGCAUCUCUUGUUCCCCAGCAGCUGCCUGGAACAUCCCGAUUUCAAGGGUAUCGAUUGCAAGACUUGUGAAUUAAUUGAAAUCCAGCAUCGCAACAAGUCGCCAGCAACUCCUCAGUCUCAGUCUCAAUCUCAGUCUCAACGCUCGCCAAAUGCCAGUCUGUCCACGUCCACGUCCAUGCCCAUCUCGCCCAGCGCCAGCGCCUCAUCCAAUGUUCCCAAUGUGGGCAACCCGCCUGCGUCCAGCUUUACAAUUGGCGCCUGCUCCGACCACAUUAAUGGACGACCUCAAGGCGUCGACUGUGCCCGCUGCGAAAUGCUUUUGAGCUCCGCGCGACUCAACAGCGGUGUCCAGAUGUCCACCCGCAACUCCUGCAAAACACUCAAAUGUCCCCAGUGCAAUUGGCACUACAAAUACCAGGAGACACUCGAGAUCCAUAUGCGCGAGAAGCAUCCCGAUGGAGAGAGCGCCUGUGGAUAUUGCUUGGCAGGCCAACAACAUCCACGUCUGGCACGUGGCGAGUCCUAUUCAUGUGGCUACAAGCCGUACCGCUGCGAGAUCUGCAAUUACUCGACGACGACCAAAGGGAACCUCUCCAUUCAUAUGCAGUCCGAUAAGCAUCUGAACAACAUGCAGGAACUGAACAGUUCCCAAAACAUUGUUGCCGUUGCAGCGGCAGCGAAACUGAUGUUGCCCAAUCCAUCGCCACAAGGCUCUGUAAGUGGUUGCAGCAAUGCCGUCGUCUCUGCAAACCACCAACCCGUUGGCGGCGUCUGUUCCUCGAGUGCCGGUAGUGCUGGCACCGUCAGCAAUGCCAGCAACGCAUCCAACAGCAGUACAAUGGGUUCGGGUACCAGUUCGGGUGCCGGUACGGGUUCGUCAACGGGAGUUUCCUCGCUGAAGCCAAAGCCCUCGUUUCGCUGCGACAUCUGCAGCUAUGAGACCUCUGUGGCACGCAAUUUACGCAUCCAUAUGACGAGCGAGAAACACACGCAUAACAUGGCCGUAUUGCAGAACAACAUCAAGCACAUUCAGGCAUUCAACUUCUUGCAACAGCAGCAGCAGCAACAAAGUGCUGCAGCUGUACCGGGUACGGCUAGCAAUAGUUUUUUGCCCGUACCGGAGGUAGCACUCGCUGAUUUGGCCUACAACCAGGCACUGAUGAUACAGCUCAUUCAACACAAUGCUGCCAAUCAGCAGCAACAACAGCAGCAGAAUCAGCAACAGCAGCAGCAGCAGCAGCAGCAGCAGCAAUCUGCUGCCAGCAAAUUAUCGCCCACAUCGUCCUCGCCGGUCAGCACUCCCGACCAGUUGCCACAUGCCACAUUCUCGUACUCACCCAAGCUGCUGAAAUUGCCACCUGGAAUGGUCAUGGGCUUAAACAUUCCAGAGUCUGGAACAGUCCCCAGCGAUUCGCUCGACUCCUAUCCGGACAGUUUGCCGGAGCUGUGGCCAACGGCAAUGUUCAGUUGCCUCAUCUGCGACUGUUUCAGCACCAACAACAUGGAUGAGCUGAACCAGCAUUUGCUCCUGGAUCGAUCGCGGCAAUCGUCGAGUGCCUCGUCGGAUAUAAUGGUCAUACACAACAACAACUAUAUUUGUCGACUGUGUAAUUAUAAGACGAAUCUGAAGGCGAACUUUCAGCUGCACAGCAAGACGGACAAGCAUUUGCAGAAGCUGAAUUUCAUCAAUCACAUUCGAGAGGGUGGCGCACGCAACGAGUUCAAGUUGCAAUACCAGCAGCAGCCGCAGCUUGCCACAAAUGUGGUACAGCUGAAGUGCAACUGUUGCGACUUCCACACCAACUCCAUACAGAAACUAUCGCUCCACACUCAGCAAAUGCGGCACGACACAAUGCGCAUGAUCUUCCAGCAUUUGCUGCUCAUCAUCCAACGUAGUCGUCUGCGCUCUUCGCCGCCGUUGGGCAUCUUGGACUCGGAUCAAUCGGAGCAGUCGACGAAGAAGGCCCUUUGCUGCCAGCUGUGCAACUUUGUAGCCAAGAAUCUGCACGAGAUGGUGCAGCAUGUGAAGGGCUUGCGCCACCUGCAAGUCGAGCAGUUCAUUUGCCUGCAACGUAGGAGCGAGAACCUGGACAUGCUCGGACUCAACGAGGUCUUCAAGGUGACAGAAGAAAUACCUGGCAGCACGGAAGAUGGCAAUUUCGAUUGUGGCCUAAAUCUGGCGGCUGCUAGUUGCCUUGUUGGAGCACCCAGCACCGAGACGGGAUAUGGAGUUGCUGCUGCUGCUAGUAGUGCUGUUGGUGGUGGCAUGCCCAACGAGGGUCACAACAUCUAUUCGCCCGCCUCCGUCUCGAGCUGUUCGACAACAUGUGGCAAGGUGCAAUCGCAUGUGGCAUCCCCCUUGCCAACUGUCAGCGAGUUGCAGACGACCGUCUUCAAAUGCAAUCUAUGUGAAUACUUUGUGCAAUCCAAGAAGGAAAUGGAGACGCAUAUUUUGAGCUUGCAUCCGACGGCAGACAGUGAUGACUACAUAAGCAUACCAACGAACACAGCAGCGCUACAAGCAUUCCAAACAGCUGUGGCAGCGGCGACAAUGGCAGCCGUCCAACGUUGCACCAUACCGGGAACAGGAGUUGUACCGGGAAAGGGAACGGGAACAGAUGUAGAACUGCCUGGUGGCGAUGAAGAUAGCGAUGGUCCCAUUGAUAUAAAGCGUGAACGGCUGGAGGAGAGUGAAUAUGCCACAACUGGUGUCCAGGACACCGAGGGGUCUAAUCCCAAAAAAAGUUGCUCGCCCAAAAGUGAAUCUAUGCCACAGGCGGGUGUCUCCUGCCCGCUCUGCCUGGAGAGCGGUUACAGCGAGCAACCAUCGCUGGAAACCCACCUGAUGAAUGUGCACAGCGUGACGAGAGAUGGCCUCGCUAGAUUACUGCAAUUGGUGGAUCAAACAGCUUGGCACGCCGCGAAGAAAUCGGGUGAGGAACGGAAAUUGGAGGAGAGUAAGGUAAUUGGCGAGGACUAUCUAACACCAUGUGGAGCAGGACCAGCAGGAGGAGGAGCAACAGUUGUUGUCGGUAGUGGCAUGCAGGGUGUCUGCUGUCAGCAGUGCGAGGCCAAUUUCAAGCACGAGGAGCAACUGCUGCAGCAUGCCCAGCAAACCCAACACUUCCCACUGCAAAAUGGCGAAUUCAUUUGCCUGCUGAGCCGUGCCUGCUUUGCCAGCUUUGCAACACUACCAGCCAUGAUAGCCCAUUUCAAGGACACACACAUGAGCCUGGUCAUCUCAGAGCGACACGUCUACAAGUAUCGCUGUAAGCAGUGCUCGCUGGCAUUUAAAACGCAGGAGAAACUCACCACACACAUGCUGUACCACACGAUGCGGGACGCUACACGGUGCUCGCUGUGCCAACGCAACUUUCGCAGUACCCAGGCCCUGCAGAAGCACAUGGAACAGGCUCAUUCAGCGGAGUGUGUCACCGCUGCUGCUGUUGCUAGUGCCACAAGUGGCAGUCCCCGCGAAAUGUCGCCCAAUUACACUGGCACUACCGACAUGGAGAAGAUAUUACCAACACUACCGGAUGAACCUAACGCUUUUGACUUAUCCACGGCCAGGACGACUGAAUCAGUUGCCAAAACGAAUGACGCUGUGAAGCAAUCGCCGCAGCAAUCUGCCCAAUCGACGCAGCUGCAGCUGGAGCCGACCUCCGCUGUGUUGUCGCCCAAUGAGGUGGAGGAGCCAACCUCGGAGCAACAGCAGCAUUUUGCAGUGCUGACAGCAGCUCUACUCAAGCAGCAACAGCAGCAACAGCAGCAGCAGAAUCAUCACCAGGAUGCAGUUGGUCAGGCGACGUCUUCAGCAGGAACAGCAGAUGCUCCAUCUUUGCCGAUGUCCUCCCUGGAGUUGCAUCAGUUGCAGGUGAAGCAGCAGCACCAGCAACAACAGCAGCAACAUGGCUCCAGCUUUGGCAACAUGAAUCAUUUGCAGAGUUUGCAGAACUUGCAACAGAUCCAGCAACAGCUGAGUGCAGCUGCCUCCGCUUCGGGCAUGCCCAUCAAUCCCGUGGAUAUGUUAAAUCUGAUGCAAUUCCAUCAUUUGAUGUCCUUGAAUUUUAUGAAUCUGGCACCGCCAUUGAUAUUUGGUGGCGCCACUGCUGGUGGCACGAGCGGAUCAGUUGGAGUACAAAACAACGGCAUUGCUCCAAGCAGCUCCAACAGUUGCAACUCCGAUCUGCAACAACAGAAAUGUGCCCCAAAUCAGCAGACAACCAAUUUAACUGGCGAGGCAAGUAGUUUAAAUAUGCUAGCACAAUCGAAUAUAGCCAGUAAUAAUAAUCAGCAACAGCUAACCAGCAAUCAGAAGAGAGCUCGCACCAGGAUCACAGACGAUCAGCUGAAGAUCCUGCGAGCCCAUUUCGACAUCAACAAUUCACCCAGCGAGGAGAGCAUCAUGGAAAUGUCCCAAAAGGCAAAUCUACCAAUGAAGGUCGUCAAGCAUUGGUUCCGCAACACGUUGUUCAAGGAGCGGCAACGCAACAAAGACUCCCCCUACAAUUUCAACAAUCCUCCAUCAACUACGCUCAAUAUUGAGGAAUAUGAACGCACUGGCCAAACAAAGGUGACGCCCCUAAUCGAGACUACCCUUACUGCUGCAGCCGCUGGCAGCAACACUGCUGCGGCAGCAGCAACACCAACACCAACAACCGCAACAACACCAACAAUUGCAGCAACAACAUCAGUUAAAAGCAAUUUAAAUUUGUCAACGACAAUUUCAAAUAUAUCCCGCCCAACGUCAGCCAAUUCGAGUGCUGGCAACAUAUCCGAUUAUUUUAAGACACAAAGCGAACUAUUGAACGCCAAACAGGAACAGGAGGAAAUACUUUGUUUGCCAUUGCCGUUGGAGGUGCAAAUAAAAACGGAGCCAAAUGACAAUGACAACAAUUACGCAUUCCACAAGAAGCAAGAUGAAGUCUUCGAGUAUUUCAAGCAACAAAAUGAGGCAAACGAAACAGCAAGCAGUCAAAAUGAUCAAACCAUGCAACAGCAGCAACAGUUGUACACAAACCAACAGCAGCAGCAACAAUCGCAACAACAGCAGCAGCAACAAACUCAACAAAUCAAUAGCUAUGAGACAAAGUCGGAGAGUGGCAGCUCCGAUGUCCUUUCUCGUCCUCCGACACCAAAUAGUGUUGUAGCCAGCAAUCUUUACAGCAGCAUGAAUGAUUUGCUCAGUCAGCAGCUGGAGAAUAUGGGCAGCAAUAUGGGUCCACCAAAGAAACUGCAAAUAUCGGGUAAAUCCUUUGAGAAAAUCGCUUCGACUUCAACCUUAAUAUCCUCCUCCUCAUCGGCUUGCAAUCAGCUCGAAAGUAACUCUUCGAAUUCCUCAAAUUCAUCAUCUUCCACAUCGGGUGGCAAACGUGCGAAUCGCACUCGUUUCACUGACUAUCAAAUCAAGGUCCUGCAGGAGUUCUUCGAGAACAAUUCGUAUCCCAAGGACAGUGAUUUGGAAUAUCUCAGCAAACUACUGCUGCUCUCGCCUCGAGUAAUUGUUGUUUGGUUUCAGAAUGCGCGACAAAAACAGCGCAAAAUCUACGAAAACCAACCAAAUAAUUCGCUCUACGAAAGUGAGGAGACCAAAAAACAAAAUAUUAAUUAUGCCUGCAAGAAAUGCAGCCUGGUCUUCCAACGCUACUACGAACUGAUAAGGCAUCAGAAGAAUCACUGUUUCAAGGAAGAGAACAAUAAAAAAUCGGCCAAAGCACAAAUUGCCGCCGCACAAAUUGCCCAUAAUCUCAGCUCGGAGGAUUCCAAUUCCUCGAUGGAUAUUCAUCAUGGAGUUGCUGGUGCCGGUUCAGUUGGACUCUCACCAAAUGUGGCAGCUGUGGCUGCUGUGGCUGUGGCAGCUGCUGCAGCUGCACACUCAACCGGGACACAAGCAUUUGGCUCCUCGCCAUCGCCACAGCAUUUGUUUAGUAAGUCUUCGUCGCUGACUGAUUUUAGUCCAUCAACAACACCAACACCGCCGCAAAGAGAGAGGAGCAAUUCCCUCGAUCAUCAACAGCAGCAGCAGCGUCUGCCCAAAUUCGAGUGUGACAAAUGUGAAUUGCAGUUCAAUCAUUUGGAACUGCUGAGAGAGCAUCAAUUAAUGCAUCUGAUGAGUCCUGCACUCUUUAAUCAAUCAAAUCCGGGGGAAACCAGCUACGGGCCUUUUGGCAGCAUUUUGCAAGGACUGCAACAGGCUGCACAGCAGCAACAGCAGCAUCAACAACAUCAAUCACAGCAGCAUCAAUCACAGCCACCGCCAGCCAAAAAGCGCAAAUAUUCCGAGAGCUCAAAUCCAGAGGAGGCAACGUUGAACGAUUUUGAAACUGCGCACAAAAAAUACGAUUUCCUUUUCCAAUAUUUUCUUCAACACGAAACCAAUGCCGAAGUCAAGCAACAAUUCCUCAUGCAGCAACAGCAUCAAUCACAGCCAACCGAGUCCGAAUUGGAGUUGGAAUUUUUGAGUAAUUUCUAUCAGCAGAGCGAGUUAAAAAAAGGUGGCAGUUAUGAUUUUCUACUACAAUACUAUCGAAAGCAUGAAGAUCCCCAGAAAUCACAGCAAUCAUCGUUUAGUUCCAGUAAAACACCCACGAUUGAAUUCUUAUUGCAAUACUAUCAGCUGAAUGAGUCGAAAAAGUUUUUUCAGUUAGCUGCCUCGCCCCAAAUAACACCCGAUGAUGGUCGCCUUGAAAUGCAGCCGUCGUCGAAGGGGCCGAACACGACGACGGAUGAAACCAUUAAAACUAUCGGCACUCACGAUGAACCACUGGGUAUUACUCACGACCGAGAUAUUGAUCUACAAUAUUAUUCAACAAAAACGGACAUUAAGGAAGAAAUCGAGCAGGUAAUCAGCAGCUCGAAAAAUGGCUUAAAUAAUGAUUUAGCUGAUCUACACGAGAAAUUGAAUAAUAAUCAUAUUAAUAUUAAUGUUGGCCAACAUUUCGAUUUGAGGGAGUCGAAGGAGAAUGAAACCGAUUUGCCCAGUUCAACUGGCUUAAAUGAUCACUCAAUCAAUCCAUCAAUCAUCAAUGGGGACAACACUCAAGCCUCUUUGCUGGUCAUGCGUAAAUCGAGCAACGACAACGACAAAUCGCAGUAUUUUCAAAACCUGGAGGAUUUUCUCGAUGCCACCAUGAUUGAGAAUAACUCACAAAUGCUGACAUUCAACGAUGACGAUAAUAAUCCCAGUUCCAAUGUGGAGAGUGUGAAUUUAUCGACGGUCAGUGCCAAUGAUGGUACUCCCUCCGAUUCAUCAAUUCAGCUGAGUGCCCCAUCCAAGCAAAACAAACGAUUGCGCACCACAAUAUUGCCGGAUCAAUUGAAUUUCCUAUAUGAGUGCUACCAGACCGAGUCAAAUCCGAGCCGCAAAAUGCUCGAGGAGAUCUCCAAGAAAGUUAAUCUUAAAAAGCGAGUAGUCCAGGUUUGGUUUCAAAACUCCCGGGCCAAAGACAAAAAGUCACGAAAUCAGCGCCAAUAUGCGCACAUUUCGGACGACAACAACAGUUUUGAUGGAUCGAGUGGCAAGGAAGCUGGCAACGCCAACAACAGCAACAGUAACAACAACAGCAACAACAACAGCCUAAAAAGAGCGAGCAAAAAAGAGCCAAUGUCCAAUGUUAUUAACAGCGAACAUGUGACCAUGCACAAACAUGGAUUCACCGUGGAACACAUCUGUAAAAUGAAAGAGCUGCUCGAACAGAAGACAAGUGAACUGUACGCAAACAGCAAUGCGAGCGGCAGCGAUGACAACGACUCGGAGCGAGAGAGACGUGUUUAUAGCCUGUCCAAGGCAUUUCUGCUGCAGCAUGUUGUUGCCAAUAACAGUGGCAGCAAUAAGAGUUUGUCUGUAGCAGCAUUGCCAGCCGAAAUGAAUUUCGAUGCGGAUGUAGCAUCGGCGACUGUUACAACGACGCCGACGACGACGGCGACAACAGCAGGCGAUGAUUCGGACGUUGGUCCGAACACGAAGCGACGGCGUCGUGCCAGCGAUUUGCCCGAUGAUAUUGCCGAUGAGGCAAUUGAGACGCCGAGCCGAAAGCAAACGUCGACCAACCGUGAACUAAUGCAACAGAUGUUCAAUCGCAAUCACAUCACUGUUAUAGGUGGCAAAUAAUUUGAAAUAAUUUGGGCGCGAUAAUGCUGGAUAUCAGUAGAUUACUUUCGUAUACAAAUAGGUCAUUGCACGGAUUGCCGCAGAAAGAAAGAAAGGACGUGAAAAGUCGGAGAAGAAUGCGUAUAUAUAUAUUUAGUAUAUAUAGGCACGACAUAAUAAUAUCCAUAUAUUUACAUACUACGAAAACUUGAAAGUUCCUAUUUUAAAGAAAUUUAAAGCAUGACAUUUCAUGCGGCGAAAUAUAUACAUAAUUAUGUAUAAGUAAAUUAACAAAAAAUAAAAAAAUUA